AUGGCGCCGAGGCUUGCGCUCCUCCUGGCCGUGACCCUCCUCCGCGCCGCCGCCUCGAGCGGAUGCGAGUACUCCACCUGCCUGCCGCCGGCGACCCCGUACCCGCAGCCGCCGUCCGGGGGUGGUGGUGGUGACGGCGGUGGUGGCGGCUACUCAUCCGGCAGCUGCCCGAUCGAUGCGCUGAAGCUGGAGGUAUGCGCGGACGUGCUGCACCUGCUGAGGCUCAGGGUCGGCGUGCCGGACGGCGAGCGGUGCUGCCCGCUGCUGGAGGGGCUCGCCGACCUCGACGCCGCCGUGUGCCUCUGCCUCGCCAUCCGGGCCAACGUCCUCGGAGUCGUGCUCGACGUCCCCGUCGACCUCACCCUCCUCCUCAACUUCUGCCACAAGGACCGCGUCGCCGGCUUCGUCUGCCCGGCCAAUUGAACUUGAACGUACGUGUGUGAGUUAUAGCAUGCAUGUCAUGUACGUAUGUAUUUCGGUCUCGGUCGUGUGCUAGUAGGUGUAGGUCGCAUCGUCCCCAGGUUUCUGCACGCAUGCAGUCUUUGUGUCAGCUGCGCCAGACGGUGCUUGUGUGCAGCUACAUAUAAAACGUAACGUCCCAUAU